GCCCUGGGUCAGUGUUAAGUUGGGGCUUCAGUCGGUCGCUUCAGUUUCAGCCAUGGCUCGACUCGCCGCUCUCCUGCUCCUACCGGUUCUCAUUGAAUCGGUAUUGUCAAUUUCUUUUUUUUUGCCGGUCAACUCAAGGAAAUGCCUGCGAGAAGAGAUCCACAAAGACGUGCUUGUUACGGGGGAAUAUGAAAUAACUGAACAAGCCAACACUAAAACUAACCUGAAGAUUACAGAUUCCUCUAGCCACACUCUCUACUCCAAGGAAGAUGCCACAAAAGGAAAGUUUGCAUUCACCACAGAGGACUACGACAUGUUUGAAGUUUGCUUUGAGAGCAAGUCACCUUUAGGAACUGGGAGAGUGCCAGAUCAGCUGGUUAACUUGGAUAUGAAGCAUGGUGUGGAGGCUAAAAACUAUGAAGAGAUUGCCAAAGUGGAGAAGCUGAAACCUCUUGAGGUUGAACUUAGGCGUCUGGAGGAUCUGUCAGAGUCUAUUGUGAAUGACUUUGCCUACAUGAAGAAGAGGGAAGAGGAAAUGCGUGACACCAAUGAGUCUACCAAUACACGUGUGCUUUACUUCAGCGUCUUCUCCAUGUGCUGUCUUAUUGGACUGGCCACGUGGCAGGUCUUUUACUUGCGGCGUUUUUUCAAGGCAAAGAAGCUGAUUGAGUAAAGAGUCUAUCACGUCCUGAGGAGAAAGCUGCUUUUAUGUCAGGCAAAGAAAUUCAAGACCUUUUCUCAUCGGACUUUAGCAAACAAUUGCAACUGGAGUCAAGGAGCUCCAGCACAGUCAAAAGAAUGAUAAUUUUCUGACAAAAGAAGUCAUCUGCUUAUUUGUAACAAUGUUCAUCCAUGGUAUCAACUACAAGCUGUUUUCUGUUCUGCUUUUAAAUGUUGCAGCUACUGAAUAACAACCUAAAAUUACACGAACAGAUUUCAGAGCUUGUUUUGAAUGAAUGUGCCAUUAGAAAAUGUCUUUCUUUUUAUUAAUGUAAACACUUAUUUGUCAUACCAAGCAAACUUUCCACUAACUUAUCCUUGGUGGCCCAUUAUCAAGUGAAGGCUAUUUAAAAAGUGGUUAAUUGUUACAUUCAUGAAAAAUUACAACCACUUGUCCAGUUUGCUAAUGUCUUUGGAAGCUAAAUUGAUUUCCUGUUUGUUUUUCAAAUUGUAUAUACUUGUUUUUCUUUUAUAGUUGGGAUAAUAUAGGUUUGGUUUGUCAAUAUAUUCAGCCGAUCAUAAAUGAUGUCAGUGCAAAAAAAACAAGCCCGCAUGAAACUGGGUCAGUGAACAUGCUUCAAUUCCACUUAGGUAUUUGUUAUUUAAUUGUUUUUAUGUUGGCAGGUUGUGAAAGAAACUUUAAAUGAAUAUUAAUGUCACCAGUCAACCACAUUUCUUUGCUGAUCUUACCAUUCAAAAGUUUUGAAACUCAGAAACUUAAGUUCAAUUUAAUCCAGUGUGUUUUUUCAGUUUCUGUAUGGUUUUAGGGUUAGGGUUAUGGAGGCUCCUACUUGGCAGGGAUUACAUCAAUUUGGGAACAUUUUAGACAAAACGUGCACCAUCGGCACUGUCAGUACUUUUUAUGUUGAAUAAAAAUUUUGUAAAUUUG